GGCAACGCUGCCAAAUCAGCUGCCGGUUUGUUAUUUAACAAAAGUAGAGGACCAAAGAGCCCAUGAAAUAAUGGAGUUCCUGACUAAAGUGUGGGCCAAAGAGGCAACUACGCCGGUAGCAAUAGAAGCAGUCACCGGCGCAGCCCAGAAAAACGCAACACCAAAGGCGGAAAAAGCGUCUGCCAGCACGGAACCCACCGAUGAAACCACCACUGCUCAGAAGGAUUGGGGCUAUGACCUUUAUCCGGAGCGGAGGGGUGAAACCUUCAAGCCCAAGUGGACACGGGUCUUGUUCGGAAUGGAGGGGCAGGAGAACAUCGAUCGCUUCAAGUGCGAGGAGAAUGUCUACUGGUGUGUCAAAAAUGGUCCGCUGGUGAAACUGAUGAUGGGAGCCCUGAAAAGUUCCGGUUGUCCCAUCGAUCUGCGCCGACACAUCUCCUGCGAAGUGUGCGACCCCACGGUCACCGGCGGCUACGAUCCCAAGCUCAACCAGAUCGUGGUCUGCCAGAAUAUGGCCAAGAAUAAGAGCAUGGUCCAUGGAGUGCUUACCCACGAAAUGAUUCACAUGUUCGACUACUGCAAUAACGACAUGGACUUCCGAAACGUGGACCACCUAGCCUGCACGGAAAUCAGGGCAGCCAACCUGGCGCAUUGCUCCUUUUUGAGCGCAAUGUUCCAAGGAGAUGCCUCGCCCUUUAAUGUCAAGGAAGCGCAUCAGAACUGCGUCAAGUCCAAAGCCCUGGCGUCAGUGCUCGCUGUGCGCAAUGUGUCUAAAGCAGAUGCCAUCGCUGCUGUGGAACGAGUUUUUCCCAAAUGCUAUGCAGACUUGGAGCCCAUUGGGCGGAGAAUCCGUCGCAACUCCACGGACCAACAGAAGGCUUACAUGGAGGCACCCAUGUAUGGCUAUGAUGUGUAUUAAAUUGUUUUAUAUGGCUUUUCUUUUUUAAGUACCUUCAUAAUGUUUAAUAAAACUAUGCUCUGGGCAUUUUGAAUGUCA